AUGUUCUCACGUACAUCUCACUCGAGAAGCCAGCUGUCGUAUACUCAUCAACACAUACAUAUGAUCCACAUCGCAUCCAAUCUAGAAACCGAAAGCUCGGGUGAUGUAAACACUCCAGAAUCAUCCACGGACACCAUGGGACAUGGAUGCAUGCAAAAUUUGUCCGGUAGAAUGGUGGAAUAUACGCUCUUCUACAAUGACAAGGCUACACGAGAAUCUACGAUAGAGGUUGAUGCAGACGGGUAUGCUAAAUGCCCUGAUUGCUUUGAUCGUAUACGAUGUGGCCCAGGAGGUAUUAAAAACCUUGAAGCACGUCAUCGUGGAACAGCAAAGUGCCGUGCAAAGGCUGCAAAGCUGCAGAAAUCUGGCGCUAAACUCAAGGACGGGUCAAUUUCUAUGUUUUUGAAACGCACAAAUCCUGCCGAUAAAAUCCGUGUUCCAUCGCAGACAAUUAUCCCCAAGAAAAUUGGUUUUAUCCCUGAAUCUACUCCUCUACUGUCAACACCUUUGCAAAAAAUGCCAUCGGAACUGGACUUAAAUCUCAGUCAACAUACUGAAACAUUAACUGUCGCCGUGUCAAAUACUGUACAGAGACUUCCGGUAACAUGGUACAAGUCAAACCUUGCAAACAAGAUGCAAACCUUGGUCAAUAAUCUUCCUGCAGCUAGCCAACACAGUACUUCCGAUCUUCUUGAAGGAUUUAAUCGCAAUCCUGCAGAAUAUGAUGACCUAUCAAUUAGCAACGAAGACUUGUGGGAAGUGGUCUUAAACCCACUUUUAAAAUCACUUUUGGGGUGGGGAACCAGCCUUGAUGUAGCCGCCGUUAUUGAAGGCCAACAUGACGGACUUAAUGGUCUCGCUCCAUUUAUAGAAUACUUUGUGGUACAGCGACACGUUGAAGAGAGCUUGCUAGAAGGCAAGUUCUCACACUUAAUUGAAGGAUUAAACAAACAGCAACUCAAGUUGGGGCCGGGUUAUAUCAUUCCUGGCAGUAAAACAUCAGAUUUGCGGCUUACCUCUGCUGCGUGCAAAGGUUAUAUACUGGACUUACCUAAUGGACGAUCACCUCAUUCUGCAUAUCCGUUUGCACUCCACGACAUUCUACCAUUGCCGUGGACGUACGAAGUCAAAAAUCACCGCAUGAUUGUUCGAAGUCUACGGUGUGGAACUGUUGAAGUUCCACCACACUCUGCCUGCUGCUCGUUGUGCUCUGAUUUGUCAAGUAACUCGAUGCUUCUGGGAAUCAUUUCUCGGAUACAAAAUGGUGUUGACGUGAACACACCUUAUGCAUAUCAUUCCAUGGAUACUCUGCGGACUGUGCUUGCUCGUAAAGACAAGCAAAUUAAUUUUCUAAAGCUUCAGGGAGUCAGCCAAGCAAGAGCUAUCGUUAGGAAAUCAAAGUCUCUCGAUGAACGGCAGAGGCUAAUUAUUGCAAUUGCCAGUAAGCAGGUUGGACACGUUGAGCGCCUCCUAGAAAUCGGCAUUCGUCAAAAGCGCAGCAUUACCUAUAUUCUCCAACAGUACAAGCUUGCCGCUAUUGGUGUGUAUCACCCGAAGAGCUAUUCUGAUAUGGAAAACAUGCUUGGUCUUCUUUUGAUGGAUUUGGGUGGAAAUCGUAUCUCUGGAAUUGUUCACCGCUCCCUCGGACUUCCUGGAAUUACUACGCUACGCACCAAAAAGAUGGUUCCUCUUUUAAUCCCAUCAGCAUCUACUCCAACCAUUACCGAAAUUACUGCCAACAUUACUGCAUGUUUUCAGGGACUGUCAGACGUUCUUGCUGAUGCCAACGUGAUGCAUACAACUUUGGCCUUUGACGAAAUAGCCACUGAGGCUCGGAUUCGAUGGGAUGAGCAUACAAACAAUUUUUUGGGAGUUUGUAGAGAGCAUGGGAGACGAACGGCACUAGAAUUCAAUAGUCAAGACGAUGUGGAAGAGCUGUUCCACUGUUUGGAUAAAGGAGAAAUUCACUAUGCACGCGAGGCCACGGUUGGGGCACUUGGAAUUAUGAGCCCUAACAAUUGCAUUUAUGCAGCAUGUCCAAUCCUUAUUUCUGGUGAUUGCAAAAGGGAAACCGCUGAAGAACAUGCGGAAAUUAUCAAGACAGUUAUAAACUCAGUUACUUCAACCAGGCAGCAAACCAAACUUCGCCUUGUAUCAAUUGCUUCUGAUGGCGAGACAAGACGUGGGUCAGCAUUUGCUUUAUUAACAUUCAAACACUGGCUAUCACUUACCUCCCCUAUUUUUCCACUACUCACCAACAUGACCUUUAUGGAUCUCCAUGUAGGCGAUGACGACUUAACAGCUGACAAGGACUGGAAACAUGUAUUUAAACGAUUUCGCAACCUGCUUCUGCGUCCCCGCGGUCUUCUUAUUUCAGGAGUUAGGAUUACUCCUUCGAUCAUAUCAACCCAUCUGAAGAUGUCUGGACUCUCUGCUGUACAUGUGGCGUCAUUAUGCAAUCCAAACGAUGAACAAGAUGUUAAACUCGCGUUUGAUUUGCUUCGAGCUAUUUGGAGUCUUCCAACAAUCACAGAACAUCAAAAUCCGUCUAUUAUUGAAGCACGCGCGUCCCUGGUUAUCUUGGGGAAACUGUUCUACCACAUCGUAUUCCCAUAUUUCUGCGUGGAUCUCACGCUCUCCGAGCAACUCGAGCACAUCAGUGCAGCAGUUCAUCUGGCUUUGGCCUUGUAUCACGAAUCCGGUACUCAAUUCAUUCCCGCGCUGCUUUACACGGAUCUGCAAAUCAUGGCGAAGAAUAUUUUCUUUUGUGUUGCAAAAGCAAAGGUUCAUCUACCUCACAGUCAAUUUUAUCUUGUGCUUUUAGGAACCGAUCGGCUCGAGGAAAUAUUUGGAAUACUCCGAACAAUGAUUGGAAAUGAUUCCAAUGUUGAUAUCUGGCAAUUAUCAUCACGGCUUACAGGUACAACAGAAGUGUCAAAUAUUCUAGCAAAGUAUCCUCACUGGGAUCGCGCACCACGACGACUCAAAAUGCCUGCUCUUACGCGGUUAUCACAGGAACUUCCCGACUCCUCAGAUCACAUCAAGCCUGCAUCUUGGAAAGGAAAUGUUUCUGUUGCAAAUGUUACUCUCUUAACGUCCUGGAAGCGUGGGCGGUUUCUGCUUGAGGCUGAAUGUCCUUGGAUUAUUGAAAUCCUAGCACGUUUGGAAUGCGACUCAAAAUAUGGAAUGCUUUCGCCACAUGGAAAGAUUCUAGUUGGCAGCACCCUUUUUGAACACGAAGCACAUGACGACAUCUCUCAGGAGAUUAUUUCUCUAGAAAGACCCAUCGUUGACUCGGAUAUCUCUUCAACACUUACUUCGCAGCAAGCCAACAUUGAAGAUCAAUUUCUAACCCCCUUUUUCAACGAGUCAAUGCCAUCCGAAUCAUUCAUACAUUAUACUUCUCCCGAUGAAGAGAACUUUACACGCACUGUCUUGUACAAUGGGGAUCUUAUUCCUAAAUCGCGUGCACUAUCAUUGCACAGCAAGCAUCGUGGACAGAGAUCUGUUGCUUCUACAGACCGGUUGCGACGUGUACAAGGGGCAGAACGGUUUGGAAAGGCAAUAAACCUUUCAGAAGCCAAAUGCCAGUAUUCUGACAACGCUCAAGACAUUGUCUCUAUUCUGGAUCCAGUGGUAACUUUGGUCAAGUGCGAGCAGCAUUUGUUUCUGUGCUUAGGUGAGGUUAAUAGCAUCAAGAUACAUUCCGAGUCUCCGGUGGAAGCUAUCUCAAUGGACGAUAUUAAUGAAUCGGAUUCCGGGAAAGUCUCAAUAUCUAUGUCAAUACUUGGUCUUCGCCGCUCAACUGUAGGCGACGAUCCAACACUAAAGGCAGACUGGCGAACAUACAGACUAUUAAGCGAGCGCACUAUUCACACUCCUGCAAAGAUGGUACUACCAAUCAACCCCACCAUCCAUACGUCUGGAAUUGGCCAAUUAUACUACUUGCUUGAAGGCAGUGUACUUGUGGCUCUUGUUUCGCAACUGCGUAGCACAAUCGACUCAGAUAAAGGUGUUCUCAAAAAGUUACCACAGGUUUCUCUAGGCAAAGAAUUUCCAUACUAUGAGGAAUCCGGAAAGGCAUGUUUUUCUGCUUCGUUUGGCCUAAAAGAGGCUUUAAACUGCUGCCCAAUGUGUGAACCUCCCUUCAAUUUCGCUGGAAAGGGUGGACCACGCAUACUUGAACACAUCGGCUCGCAUAUCCUUCACGAUCCUUUAAUCAAUCGUGAUGAUGAGCCAUGUGGACUUUGUCUUCGUCCCAGCCCACAAUGCGUGUUUUUUUUGAAGAAAGGCACCGGCGGAAACAUCAAAAUUAAUACACAGGCUUCGCUCUCAUGUCCCAAUGUCAUUUACUACAAGUAUGCAGUCGCGGAAAAGUCCACGUCAUCGUCUCCAUGCUCAAAUGUCCCAAUUUACUGUCCUAUAUGCCCCAAGACGUCUCCUGCAGUCUGGCGCUAUAACCUCAAGUACCAUAUGAUUAAAACACAUCCUUCUGCUUCCUUGGCUCGACAUUCGCAUCUUUGGGACUUAUCUUCGUUUGAAAAGUCUCAGAUGAAGAAUAUAUGGAUUAAUCGACUCACUACAGGUCAAACUCGCUCAGGUUCCUCAAAAGCAAAAAAAAGCGCACUGGUGAUCUCAGAUGCACACACAAUGAGUGUAGAACUGCCUCAACAUUCAAUGCUAUCCGAUCUUGACAACGUGUCUGAAAGUGAUUCGUGCUCUGAGGAAUCCGAAAUACACGAUGACAAUGUCCUGCCAACACCCCAAAGCGAAAUACAAAGUAUUGACAAUCCAAUUGACACCAAUAUUUCCGAGUGCACACAAGUAACAAACCCCGCAGACAUACAACCCAACGGAAAUGACGACCAUGUACACCAGGACACAACAUUGCAUUCGGAAUCUUUAAUAUCUCAAAGACCACGGCGCAAACGGACUUAUUUUGACCUUAACGGCCUUUCUGUAUGUGUAUGCGGACUCAGUGCUCACCCGGCUACUGGAGAAUUGACUGCAGGCCUUGCUAAAUGUAAGCGGGUAAAUUGUGAAACAGUAUGGUACCACAUUUCGUGCUUAACACCAAAGGUGCAUGCCGUCUCAAAGACUUGGGCGUGCUCCUCAUGUUUGGAAGGCAAACGAAGUCGCUACUGA